GCCAGUGAGGCACAGCUGCAGAGUCCAGGAGGCAGUGUCAGGUUUCAAACUCCGUGCCAGCCAUUCAGAGAGCAGCGAUGUCAGGGCCCUGCCUUGGGCUCCUGGUCUACGUCCUGUGCUCCGCAGUGAAAGCCUAUCCCAACGCUUCCCCGCUGCUGGACUCCAGCUGGGGCAGCCUGACCCACCUGUACACGGCCACAGCCAGGAACAGCUACCACCUGCAGAUCCACAAGGACGGCCACGUGGAUGGCACACCCCAUCAGACCAUCUACAGUGCCCUGAUGAUCAGAUCAGAGGAUGCUGGCUUUGUGGUGAUAACAGGUGUGAUGAGCAGGAGAUACCUCUGCAUGGACUUCAGAGGAAACAUUUUUGGAUCACAUCACUUCAGCCCCGAGAGCUGCAGCUUCCGACAGCGGACGCUGGAGAACGGCUACGACGUGUACCACUCGCCGCAGCAUCGCUUCCUCGUCAGCCUGGGCCGCGCCAAGAGGGCCUUCCUGCCCGGCACGAACCCCCCGCCCUACUCGCAGUUCCUGUCCCGGAGGAACGAGAUCCCCCUGGUCCACUUCAACACCCCGCGGCCGCGGCGGCACACGCGCAGCGCCGAGGACAACUCGGAGCGCGACCCGCUGAACGUGCUGAAGCCCCGGCCCCGCAUGACCCCCGCGCCGGCCUCCUGCUCCCAGGAGCUCCCGAGCGCCGAGGACAACAGCGUGCUGGCCAGCGACCCCUUAGGGGUGGUCCGUGGCAACAGGGUGAACACGCACGCGGGGGGCGCGGGCGUGGAGCGCUGCCGCCCCUUCCCCAAGUUCUUCUAG